CAGUGAGAACAGUAAUUCUCUUCGUGAUUCCGACGCUAUUCGUAUAUGUGUUUCGAAAAAUAAAUUAUUCUCGUUUUCUUAAUAAUAUUGUAGUUUUCUUUUUUUUUAUCAUAGCAUAGUUUUAUUAUUUUAUUACAACAGCAGGUUUCAAAAUGUCGUACUAUAGAAAAAGCAGAUCUUAUCGUUAUGGUGGAGGAUCAUUUUCUAAUCAUAAUGCAUCUGUGAGCACUGGACGAGUUAUGAGUGAUAAACGAAAACAAAUCGAUCAGUUAGAGAAUAAAGUUGGAAAAAUCACCGAAUCAUUGAAUCUCCCAAGUAAGCUAUCUGUGUGGACGGCUUCUUCAAUUCAGAAAAAACAAAUCCCAGAAACAAAUUCUGUUAGAUUUCUAUCAACCGAUGAGGUGGAAAUUGGAAGACCGGACAGUAAUGUCGUGAUCACUGCUGAUCAGUGGGACACUGCGAAGAACAGAAAUACGUUCAUAGUAGCAGGAUUAUCAUUACCGACUGCUGUGUUUGACUUGGACGCUUUGCUACAAAGAAAUUUGAAAGGGAGGUGCAAUAAGAUUAAUAAAGAUGCAGCCAGAAAUAAGGCGAUAGAUGCAGAUAAAUUAUCCGCAAUCAAAUAUUGUAAAAACGUGCUAGAUAACGAUCAUAUUGCUGAUAACGUUUUCCCAAGCACAAGACUACUACCGCCAGCUAAUGUAUUACCAAAGUUCAGAAAGUAUGUUAGAAAUGAUUUUAACUUCCUCAAAAUUCUUGGAAAAGGCAGUUUCGGUAAAGUGUUACUUGCGGAAUUGAAGGGUACAGAUUUUGUUUAUGCAGUAAAAUGUUUGCAAAAAAGUGCUGUCUUGAAAGAUGAUGAUGUUGAAAGCACAUUAAUAGAGCGAAAAGUACUCACCUUAGCUACAAGACAUCCUUUUCUUUGUCAUUUAUUUUGCACAUUUCAAACAGAAUCACAUCUUUUUUUCGUUAUGGAAUAUCUGAACGGUGGUGAUCUUAUGUUUCAUAUACAGAUGUCAGGGAGAUUUCCGGAGUUUCGUGCGAAGUUUUAUGCUGCGGAAAUCUGGUGUGGACUUAAUUUCCUUCAUAAAAAGGGGAUUGUAUACAGAGAUCUGAAGCUUGAUAACGUAUUACUAGAUUAUGAAGGACAUAUUCGUUUAGCUGAUUUUGGAAUGUGCAAACUACAAAUAUAUCUCGAUAAAACUGCUGAUAACUUUUGUGGCACACCAGAUUACAUGGCUCCCGAAAUCAUCAAGGGUAUUAAAUAUAAUCAGUCAGUUGACUGGUGGUCAUUUGGAGUAUUACUGUAUGAAAUGUUGACCGGUCAGUCACCGUUUUCUGGUUGCGAUGAAGAUGAGCUGUUCUGGAGUAUUUGCAAUGAGCGGCCGUUGAUACCUAAGUAUUUAAGCCAAGACGCAAUUGAUAUUUUAUCAUACUUAUUAGAAAAAGAUGCGGAAAAAAGGCCACUUGGGCACGAAGUCCAGACCCAUUCUUUUUUUCUUAGUAUAUAUUGGGAUAGACUAGAAAAAAGACAACUUCAGCCUCCAUUCAGACCUGUUUUCGAUCACACAGCUGACACAAAAUAUUUUGAUACAGCGUUCACUACAGAGGAAACCCGUCUCACGAAAAUGUCUGAACAAGAUUUAGCUUCAAUCAACCAAGAAUACUUCAGAGGCUUUUCGUAUACAAACCCAAAUGCUACGAAUUGAAAACUUUAUAGAAAUACUGAUCAAGAAAGACAAAGUUUAUCCAUAAGAAAUAAGCAAUCGUUCAUGUACCGGAUUAGAAUGCUCUAUUUUUAUAUGUAGAGCAUGAAAUGAAGUGAAUUAAUAAAAUC